GGCAAACACCUGUGGGAGGGGUCACGACUGUUCGUACGCGAAUUAAAGGUACGGAAAGCUAGAACCGUUGCGGAAAUUUCUUCAGCUCGUCUGGUGUGUUGAUUCCGAGCAUUUUGAAAUUAUUUAAUUAGGCAAAAUCCGAGCGAGCAGCACUUCUUUCAAAAAUAAAAUGUAUGAAAACCGUAUCAGAGGAAAAGGGCUAUUCAAUGUUGGUUUUAUUGGUGGUACAUUACUGAGUGUGCCGCCGGGCCAUACCUACCGUACCGUAUCACCGCAUCUUGAAAGGUACGAAGUACGAGUAUUUUUCGGAAACCAUGAAAAUAAUUUUUAGAAAUAGCUGUCAACGUACAACGGUACGAGUAUUCCAUUACCGCUGGUUAGAUUCUGAAUCAUUUCCAAGAAUAAUAUCAUGUGUACUUUCUACGUAUGGCACCGUAGGUUUCUGUAGCCUACCGCGAUAAAACUUGUAUUUUACAGGUACGUAACUGGUUUACAAGCGAAAUUUCGCAACUAAUCAUUGAUUACACAUGCACCCUGUUCUCCAUAAUUUGUCAGACGACAAAUUAUUACGCAACGUGUUGUAUUUCAACAUUUAUAACAAGCCUUUCGAAGAGACGCAAAUAUACUGCUUGCUGUUCCUUACGACGUGGGCGCGUGAUUUCAACCCCGGCUAUGGUAAAGACUAGCUCUCGCCACCCCUUCCACCGCCGACCAAUUGAAAAAUUAGAGCAAGGGAAUAUCUUCUCUGAUGCCAUGAACGAGAAGUUCGUAAAUUCUGGGGAAGAAUCAAGAGAAGAACUUAAUUUUUCAUUUCAGAGCUCCAACAACAACAUUCGUCGUCACUUCGACGAAUCAGUCCCUCAAUGGGAUAUGAGGGCUGCCCCGCCAGGAUCGGUUGAUAAUGAAGUACAUUUGGGUAUAGAACAAAAUGCCUCUACCAACCAACAUCGUUAUCAAAAUUUCCACCCGAGUGAAGUCAACAACCAAUGGAUUAACUAUUCUGCACAAUCAGGAUUUUCCCAGAAAAACCGAGAUGCGAAAUCCCAGAACAUAUGGUCGCAAAAGCAGUUGCUUCCAAAGGCUUCAGAUUUAUCGUUUCAUUCGUCUUCUGCAGGUCCCUCGAUUGGUGCCUUCUCGGCUGACACACGGAACUCCCAAUUUCAGACAAGUAAAGCGGAAAGUUACGACAGYAGCAUUCGAGAUAUUUCUGAAUCCAUAAGUCAAUUCCACCUAAAAGGUACGGGAGAUGACGCGAAAACUGCAAUUGCAUCGAUUUCAUCGAAUAACACAUACGGAAGCAAUGUAAUCCCUGGUGUUGUCGCAGCCAGUUCAGGAUCUACAGGUGGGACAGGAGAGACUUCACUGACAGGCCAGAGGUAUCAGCAAAUCUAUUCGCAUGGUCGUCGAAAUGCUCAAUCAACUAUGAACUCAAAUGCACAGAUAUAUUAUCCCAAAGCACACUCUUUGCAACAGCAGCCACCCCCAGGGUUUGAAUCUCAUGUGCUAGAAGAUUCUAUCUUCCCACGCUAUCAGAACGAUGUUMGUCAUGGGAAUUCUAGAAAACAAACAAACAACCGUCGAGGAUGGCAGAAGAAAGAAAGCAAGCCAAAAGCGGAGGCUGAAAAUCUGAACAACGGAAAAGGAAAAAUGUAUCGAAAGAAUCGACAAAAACAGCCAACCCCACAAACUGGGUUUGAACUUGACAAUGAUUCAUAUGCUACAAUUCAAGAUAGCUCGACAACCAGUUCAAGAGCUAUUCGUGUGAUUAUGAAUCCCCAAGAAAAAGACCUUACAUCUUCCGGUGCUAGUUUGGCUUCCUCUAAUGCAAGUACAUUAGCAGCUAGUCGGCUACAGCUAGAUCGCUUGACUGAAGAUUGCCGUCAGAACUUAACAGRAGGCGCUACAAUUUCAUCGAAGUCAUCUAAUCGUGCUAUUUUACCUUCCAUUCACGAUAUCGAAUUGGAGUCUCUACGUGACGACGACGACGACAACAACUACACCGAUGGUGACGAUGAAGAUUCUUUUUUCGUUGGUGCCGACUUAUCUAUCGACGAUACAACCGCAACAACUCACUCAAAAAAGAACGAUUGGUUAUUGCGUAUGAAUCGUCGACUAACAGAAGUUGCUGUUGGAGAUCUAGACCCUUCAACUACUCCAAUACCGGCUAUCAUGAACGCAUGGGCUAAGACAAAAUCUUCUCACGGAGCUAGUAUGGUAGAAAAGUGGUUGAAUCGGGCCCAAGAAGAAUAUGAUGCAGGUAAUAUCAAGGUCGUGCCAACGAAUAAGAUGUUCACAAUGGCUGUAGAUGCGUGGGCUAAAAGUGGAGAAGGAGUGAGCGCCGCACAGCGUGCUGAGACAAUACUGCAACAUAUGAACAAAAAGUAUCAAACUACAGGUCUUGAUGAUUUGAGGCCCACAACAGGUAUYUUCAAUGCCGUGAUAAACGCAUGGGCCCGGUCGAAAGAUAAAAUUGCACCAAGUCGAGCUGAACAAAUCCUUAAAUGGAUGGACAACUUGCAUAAAUCCAAUCCGAGCAUACAGCCAGACAAGUACACAUUUAACACCGGUACGUUGACUACACKACGUCUCGUUUCAUGACUUUCUUGAUUUCACCUAAUUGCUCAUUGAUUUGUUAAUUUCAUUUUAUUGGCAUUAGUAAUCCACGCUUAUGCGAAGUCGGGAGGUGCAGGGGCAGCAAAGAAAGCUCAGGAACUGCUUAAUAAAAUGCAUUAUAUGUAUAAACAGGGAAACGAUCUUGCCAAACCAGAUACUAUUACAGUGAGUAAACUAGUUACGUAUGCCGUCCUGUCGCCUUCCAAUCUCUGACAAGAUUUUUUCCAUAUGCAGUACAACGUCGUUAUAAAUUCGUUAGCUAAAAGUGGUGGCAAAAACGCUGCCAGAGAAGCCGAGAAAUUGUUAGGGAAGAUGGAUAUACUGUAUGAAAACGGAGACGUCAACGUGAAACCAAAUGUUGUAACAUAUGGCGCCGUCAUUGACGCGUACGCAAAAAGCGGAGAAAAACAUGCAGCUGCUCGAGCAGAUGCACUACUUGCAAAAAUGAUCCAUUUGAAUCAAAUUGAUCCGACAACACAUUCUGACCUUAGCCCGAAUACAUAUGUAUUCAACACAGUAAUCAAUGCUCACGCAAAAAGCAAGGAGGUAAGUUUAGAGCGAUCAACUUCGAAAGUGUCAUUUUUCGAUACGUGCCUCAUCAUAUCUUUCAACGUCAUUUGAUUUAAUCAUAGCACGACGCGGCGUCAAAAGCGGAAGAAAUGCUUCUUGCAAUGAAUAGACUCCAUCUCCAAGGACUACCAAAUCUGAAGCCAGAUGCAUUUACGUACACAGCGGUUAUUGACGUAAGUGACUAUAUCGUUUUGUUUUGUCCGCUUAAAAUGAUUGUAUGCUAUGAAUCUAACGCUGACACGACUCUUCAAUAUACAACACAUAAUUCCAUCUUCCAUAUCAAAAUUUAGGCUUGGGCAAAGAGGUGAGAUUUUGUUGUUGRUUGUACGUAUGAAUUUUCUUUCCAAUWUAUUUUCCUCAUUUGAAGUUCCUUCUAUUGUUAGUGGAUAUCGCGGAGCGGCAGCAAGAGCAGAUCAACUUUUAGAUACAAUGGAGUCCAAGUAUUUGGCGGGUGACAUUGGCUUGAAACCAAACACUUUCACGUACAAUGCUGUAAGUUUCAUACCAGCAAUUUAUGCAUGCCCACUUUAUUUGACUUUUCCUCACAAUUUUUUUUCUCAUUACAACUAUUCCACAGGUAAUCAACGCGCUAGCAAAGAGUGGAGAACCCAGUGCAGCGGCAAGGGCGGAAAGGGUAUUACACAAUAUGGUCAAUCGCCAUAAACAUGGGGGAAGUGACGAUGUAAAACCUACCACAAUAAACUUUAAUUCAGUAAGUGGGCAAAAUAUUGUUAACUUAUCUUCAAAUUUACAAUUGAAAACAUCUUUCUCACUUUUUAUCCCUUUUUACAGGUAUUGGAUGCAUGGGCAAAAAGUGGUGGUGGUAGAAAAGCCGCAGAAAGAGCAGAGGAGAUUCUCGAGUGGAUGGAUCGUCUCUAYAAAUCUGGUAAUUACAGUGUCAAGCCCGAUACGAUCACUUUCAAUGCUGUACUUGACGCGUGGGCCCGUUCAGGUUGUAAAAUGGCUGCGCAUCGUGCAGAGCAAAUCCUUGAUCACAUGGAUGAACUUUACAGAGCAGGGAAUGAGGGGGUAAAACCAGACACGUAUACUUAUAAUACUCUCAUCAAUGCGCAUGCAAAAUCUUCCGAGAAAGGAUCUGCCGCCAGAGCAGAGCACGUUUUGCAAGUAAUGAAGCAGCGUUAUCUUGAUGGAGACGGCGAUUUUAAACCGAAUACACGCACUCACACAAGUGUCAUUGACGCAUGGGCUAAAUCUGGAGAAAGAGGCGCGGCGAGGCGUGCGGAACAAAUUCUGAACAGCAUGAUUGCGACAUUUGAGGAGUCCGGAGACUAUGAUUCGAAACCUAAUGUCCACACUGCCAAUGCCGUUUGCAAUGUAUGUUUCUUCGUGACCUUCGAAUUCGUUGUUCUGUUUCCUCAUUUGUGAUCUCACGUUUCCCAUUCUUCGUCGUUCUUUUCCAAAUAACAGGCUUGCGCAUUCACCAAAAGGGAAGAAGAUCGACUUGGGGCAUUGCAGAUUUCAUUUCGAGUAUACGAUUGGUUAGCCGCUCAACCAGAUAUUGAACCAGAUGCCUACACCUAUACUAUAUUGCUAUCUGUUUGUUCGAAUCUUUUACCACGUGAAGAUAGAUCCUCUCGGUUUUCUCAUGCRAAAUCAUUUUUCGAGAAAUGCUGUGAAAGUGGGCAUGUGAACGAUUACGUGUUGAGGAAGCUUAGACAAACUGUUUCUGAACAGGAAUAUCUGACACUCGUUAAUUWUCAAGGAGCGGGCACAUUGCCUCCUUCCUGGACACGGAAAAUUGGUCACAGAAAUAGGCGCUUUUCUAAUUCCGUUGGUGGUGGGAAAAGUGUACGGAGUAAGAACAGYACACGGUCGAAUCAUUCCAGAAGAAGAAACUACGGCACAUGAGAUUAUUUUUCGUGAUUUUCAUCAUGAUUUUUCGCAUUCCGAAUAUACAGUAAAACGAAUU